UGGUUUUUCUGUCGAUCUAUCUGUCUAAACGCGCGCGUGGCUCCGCGGCUCGGUCGCGCGGAGCAUCUGCAACUUGCGCUUUGGCAGCUGUCAUCGUCUUGCGCUGAGGGUAGGGUGGUGUUUAACGUGGCAGGAAAAUAAGCAUUUGGAUAUAAUUCCAAAAAGAUGGCCGGGGGGGCGGGCUCCAUGCGCAUCCUGAUCAAGGGCGGCAAGGUGGUCAACGACGACUUCACGCAGGAGGCUGACGUCUACAUCGAGAAUGGCGUCAUCCAGCAGGUGGGCAAGGAGCUGAUGAUCCCGGGCGGUGCCAAGGUGAUCGACGCCUCGGGCAAGCUGGUACUGCCGGGCGGCAUCGACGCCAGCGUGCAUCUGCAGCAGAGCUUCAUGAACGCCACCAUCCAGGACGACUUCUACAGCGGCACCAAGGCUGCACUAAUGGGUGGCACCACUAUGGUGAUAGCCCACGUGCUGCCUGAGAGGGACUCAUCUCUGGUGGACGCAUACGAGAAAUGCCGCUCUCUGGCCGAUGCCAAGGCAUGCUGUGACUACGCCCUGCACAUGGGCGUCACCUGGUGGGGAGUCAAGGUGCGUAACGAGAUGGAGUCCCUGGUGCGCGAGCGCGGGGUCAACUCCUUCCAGAUGUUCAUGGCCUACAAGGACACGCUCAUGCUGCGGGACGCCGAGCUCUUUGAGGCCCUGCAGACGUGCAAGGACAUCGGGGCCGUCCCACGCAUCCACGCAGAGAAUGGAGAACUGGUGGUGGAGGGGGCAAAGGAGGCACUGGACUUGGGAAUCAGUGGACCAGAAGGAAGUGAGAUUAGCCGCCCAGAGGAGCUGGAGGCGGAGGCCACCCACCGAGCCAUCACCAUCGCCAACAGAGCCCACUGCCCCGUGUACCUGGUGAAUGUGGCCAGUACGAGUGCUGGGGAUGUGAUCGCGGCUGCUAAGAUGCAGGGUAAGGUGGUCCAUGCGGAGACGACGGUGGCCCACUCGGUGCUGAGCGGGAUGCACUACUACCACCAGGACUGGGCCCACGCCGCCGCCCACGUCAUGGCUCCACCCCUGCGACUCGACCCCAACACCCCCAACUACCUCAUGAGCCUGCUGGGAAAUGACACUGUGAACGUGGUGGCAUCUGAUCACCGCCCCUUCAGCACCAAGCAGAAGGCCAUGGGCCGCGAUGACUUCACUAAGAUCCCUCACGGCGUGCCCGGGGUGCAGGACCGCAUGAGCGUCAUCUGGGAGAGAGGAGUGGUGGGAGGGAAGAUGGAUGAGAACCGCUUUGUUGCCGUGACGAGCUCCAACGCUGCUAAGAUCUUCAAUCUCUACCCUCGCAAGGGACGCAUCAUCCCAGGGGCCGACGCAGAUGUGGUCGUCUGGGACCCUGAUGCAGCAAAGACCAUCUCUGUGACCACACAGGUACAAGGAGGGGACUUCAACCUGUAUGAGAACCUGCGAUGCCAUGGCGUUCCCCUGGUAACGAUCAGCCGCGGCCGACUGGUGUGUGAGAACGGAGUCUUCAUGUGCGCCGAGGGUUCUGGAAAAUUCUACCCCAUGCGGACCUUUCCAGACUUCCUGUACAAGAAGAUGGUGCAGAGGGAGAAGUGUCAGACACUGAAAGGGGUGGACAGGGCCCCCUAUUCCGGAGAUGUUGCCACGGUAACCAAUUCCUGUAAAAAGGAAGUGUGCCUCCCGGACGGUGACGAGCCCCCGGCCCGUGGUGUGGCCAGACACGGCGGCGUGAGGGACCUGCACGAGUCCAGCUUCAGCCUCUCAGGUUCUCAGGUAGACGACCACGUCCCAAAGAGGUCCUCUGCCCGGAUCCUGGCUCCACCUGGAGGCCGGUCCAGUGGCAUCUGGUAACCAUGGAGACAGCACAUCAGGCUGAGGGCCUCCACUCUGCACCCUUUUUAUCCGUGUGUUUCUCACCCACCCAGAAAUCUGCACUGAUUCUAUAGACAUCCACUGGUUCUUUUCCAACACCUACUACCACAGACAGGGAAUAAAACAGACUAAAGUGGAUAUACCUUUAUGAUUUGCAGUAGGAGAGGGUUUUCAGUAAGAAUGAUGGUCUUCCAUCGAGUGGAACAACAGACCAAGUCUUCUGCCAGUUUAUGUAUUUGCUCAUAGAAAUCCUAAAUGAAUUGUAUUGUAUGUGUUGCUUAUCUAAAUAUCAGAAAGAUAGCACGAGUACUAUUGUGGAUUAGUGGACUGACACCCUAAAUGCACACAGUUAUUGAUACCUUGCAAGGAAAACACUCUCACCCAGGUAUACAAACAUAGACACACAUACACACACAGUGCUGUGCUAUAGAUGUAGGCUAGUCAUGAUACAAUAUAGGCCUUUCCUGGACGUUAUUGUUGUUGUUAGAAAUGGUCCCUUCCUCGGGAGAUUUGUUUUGUGUUAUCCGUCACUUUACGCCUCUCAGCUCCAACUUCUUGUCCAGACCCAAUGAUGAAUCAGUCAUCCCAACCUUGUGUUCACCUUUGUCUACCUUGUCUUAGCACUUACUUGAUGAACGAGAGUAUAUACUUCUACUAGAUUCCACGUUGAACUGUUCAUGUUAAGUUAGAUAUUUUUGUUACGCAGGUUGCAUGUGUGGUGAUGAAGCUCAGCUGCUGCUUCCAUGGCUCAGUGAGAACGGUUUUGUUUCAGAUUCACAUUUUCAGGCCCCCCACUUUGGGUGCACCCACUGGUAUGAGGAGGAGGGAUCUGUGAGAGGAUGUUGCUGACGCAUUGUGAACAUAACGCAUGCUCACCAAGAGCUUUGUGCCUAGCUAUUCACAGUCAGAUAGGAAGGGUUUGGUUACAGUUAUGACAUUAGUAAAAGAACCUGAAGAGUACUGUUAAGUAUUUAAAAAGGUAUUUGACAUGAUUUAAGUACCACAUACUAUUCAGUAGGUUUCCCUGUAAACUAGACUUUGCACUUUGCUUUAUUCACAAAAAAGGGACCAAUUUGCCUGUCCUCUGUUAAACUUCAACAUGAAACACGUGUAACAUUGCUUAGCUGGUGUUUGCCUUUUUUAACGUUCUUUGUAUAACUCCUUUAACAGCUGACCUAUGCAUGCAGACACCAUAUAGCCAAUAUAUGAUCAACAUACGCCAGGUUUUAAUAUUCACAUUGUUUACUUCAUGCUUUAUGGCAUCCCUUAAAGGUGAUUAUAAGUGCUUGUGGAAAUUAUGUCAUUUCUCACGCAUGCAAUACACCUGAAAGUGAUAAGCCCAUAUUUACAUAAUUAGGAAAUAGGGGAGAUCAAAAUACAACACAACCCUUACAACAACAACCCCCCCCCCCCCCCCCCCCCCCCCCCCCGAUAUUCUCCAGAUCAAACCAUUUGUUAGACCAAAAGCUGAGCCUUCAACAUACCUGGUCUUCACUGCCAUUUGUGUUUGCUGUGAGCACUGCACACUAAAAACCUUCUGAAACCCUUAGCCUUAACACACACACACACACACACACACACACACACACACACAAAAUAUGACACACAAUCUAAUGCCAACUCUUUUACAUACCUCCUCUGAACAUCAGGACAUUCUCUGUUCAUAUUUAUUUGUUCAUUCUCACCACUACAACAGCGCUUUUCCUCUUAACCCAGUGGACACUCUUCCACCUGACAUGGGGCAGCUGUGUAGUAUUGCUCAUAACAUCGCUUGGUAUGGACAAAUGGUGUAGGAAACCCACAAUGGCCUGUUGCUCUAAACUCAAACACACAUAACCAACAUGCAUAAAACGAUGUUCAGAGCAUUGCACUAUCGUAAACAGAUUUGGGUAAGGUAUUGGAUGGGCAUCUCUCUCCUUCUCUGCUAAGAGCAGGAGCGUCUGCUGACCAGUGUGACCUCUCCAUUUUUGCACCUGUCCUCUUUAUGUACAUUCACUGCAAAGCAAGAAGCUGAUUGAACCGCACAUAGGCUACUGUUCCACACCUCCUCAGAGAGUUAUGUUUUAGUGUCUUCAUUAUUGUUUACACUUUUAAUGUAAGUUAACAAGGCAGGUUUUUUUUGUUCUGUUUUGUUUCGUGAAGAUAUUUCUUGGCCAAAACCAGUGUUAGUGUUGGUGCUGAUUUAUAAAAAAAAGUAUUUCAAAUUGCCAUGUAUACGUUUAUAUACUUGUUUAUUUCUAGAGUUGUUUUGCCUGUGAAAAGCGCAUUGUGAAAUGGUUUGUGACAGUAUGUGACAGUAGAGAAUUGUGUCGAGAGGUGAAGUAUACCGUUAUGGCUUGUUUCUUAUCACAUGAAAAAGUGCAUAAAUAAAUAACUAUAAUAUACA